CAAGCCCAUGCGUAAUUUCACAACGACGACGACGACGGCAACGAGGACAACGACGCCGUCAUGGCUUCUCCGUCAGAUUCCAGAAAAGAUACUUUCCGCUUCAAGACAAUGCACAUUGCCAUAUUCACAGCGGCGACGGUCCUUCCUGGAAGUUUACUCGUAUCCGCCUAUGUUAUGUUUAAAGGGGGCAAGUGUUGGUCACAAGUGUGUCCAGAGAAGGAGCACUUGAAUACGGAGAUGCGUAACAGUCUCGUCGCAUUCUAUGGUUGGCUUGCGGUUGUUGCUGUCGUAUUUGCUCUGGCGCAACGAACCUCAUGGGGUCAUGGGCACUCUUGGAAACAUCGUUACAUAUCCCUCUCUCGCAGAACAAAGUGGUCCUAUGCAGAGAUUAUCGUGUGGCUGUUGGUACUGGGACAUCAGCUCUUUCAAUUUUGUUAUUGGUAUACGCAAUACCAUUCCCGCUCUUCUUCAAGUUCUCCGACCCAGCGAAUGUGGCGAGCUACCUACAAAGCCAUUGCUUUCAAUGCCGGCAUUCAACUGUCCUUGACCCUAUUGCCGACAUCCCGCAAUGGAUUGCUAUCCACGUUGUUUGGAAUCGGAUACGACCAUUCUCUCUCCUUUCAUAGAUGGUCUGGAGCACUGACGGUGCUACUGGCUGGGGCGCAUGUUGGUGCAUUCGCAGCCUACUGCCUCGCUCGAAGCGGAUGGGCCCAGUUUUGGAAAACAACGCUGCUGAUUGGAGCGUCACAUGAGAGGAUCGCUUCGUAUAGAGGCUGGUUGGGGCCGGUGGGACUCGUGGCUCUACUCCUCUUUCUCUGGGUCUCUUUGAAUUCGUUCGAGUCUAUCCGCCGAACACGGUUCAAUUGGUUCUGGUUCAAUCAUUUCGCGGUGUUGGGGGCCAUCCUUUUGUCAUUCGUGCAUGCUUCGCCCAUGCUCUACUAUGCUUUGCCGACUUUGACAUUGUAUAUCAUCGAUUCAUGCGUACGAGUGUUCAAUCGACGUCGAGCGUAUAAUGUCACAUCAUUGACGAUGGAGGAUUGCGGAUAUGUGCGAUUGGAUAUCGCAGAUUGUCACAUUCCUGCUGCCCCCGGACAGUGGGUCUCCAUCUGCGUACCAGCCGUCUCAAACGUGGAAUGGCAUCCGUUUACUGUCGCAAACAGCUCUCCUCCACGUCGAAGGGGCGGACCUCCUGAGAUGGAAUAUUUGUUGGCGAGGUCCACUCCUGUUGCACCUGGACUGAGUUUGAUCAUCAAACCGCAGGCGCACGAUGCUUCGUGGACGCAAUCGCUUGUGCGGACAUGGCAAGAAAACACUGAUCCCGAGAGCGGGACUCCAAACAUUCAAGUUUACAUUGACGGACCACAUGGUAACCUCCCACCACGAUUUCUACGCUCUGAUCACGUUCUUAUUGUUGUCGGUGGAAGCGGCAUUCCUGGAGGUCUUGCCAUUGCGCGUUCCAUACUCGAAAAUCCUCCACCACGAAUACAAAAGAUCCACUUUUGGUGGACCUGUCGAGCUCCCAAUGCAUCACAACUUUCCUUAUACCAAGAUCUUUUGGCUCAUCCUCGUGCUACUUCCCUUCUCGUCCCGCGUCUUGUCAUUACCAACCCGAAAACGGGUACACGCCGCCUCUCUGUUGCAAGCAUAUUUUCACAACUGGACACUCGACCCGGUGAAAUUGUCUCUGUAUACGGGUGUGGGCCUGUCGGUUUGAUGGACGAUAUACGGAAUGAGGUAGGAAGGCUGGGCCGGGUUGUGGGUGAUGGGUUUGAGACGAGCUCGGAUGGGGGUUCGGACGUCGAUGGCAAUGUAGAGAUGGAUCCAGAGUGGGGACGUGCCGGAAGGAUCCGACGAGGCGUGCGAGUACUGCUGCAUAUUGAAGGAUAUGGGCGUUAGGCAGAUACCCCGGGUUGGCAGAUAAUUUUUUUCCGUGUACAUUAGCUUUACUUUGCGUAUAUAACUCUUUAUAUAUUUAUAAAUGAUAUCUGGUGCAAUUGUUUCA